AUGAUCAACCUGCGGCUGCGCUACGUAGCGCUUGCGCUGGUCGCCCUCCUCUCGUUGCACUACCUCUUCAGCUACUCAUUAAGCGCCUACAACACUCAAGUGGACACAAUACGCUCGAGCUUAUACUCGACCUCGUCGAACCAUCACGAUCUCGCGCUUCCACACGCCAACACGCCCAAGGCGAACGCAACCUUUGUCAUCCUCUGCCGCGAAGGCGAGAUCAACGAGAUCCUUCAAAGUCUUCAACUCCUCGAGACGACCUUCAACGACCGACCGCAUCACCGCUACCCUUACGUCUUUCUCAACGAGAAACCCUUUUCGGCCAACUUCAAGCUGCGCGUCGAGCGCGCCGUCUCGUCGAGCGUCGAAUUUGGUCUUGUGCCGCCAGAAAUGUGGGACAUUCCACCGCACAUUGACCUUGUCAAGGCGCAAAAGUCGUGGGAUCGGGCCAAAAAGAGCGGCAUGCCAUAUGGAGGCUCGCAAUCCUACCGCCAGAUGUGUCGAUUCCAGUCCGGCUUCUUCUUCCGCCAUCCGCUCGUGCUCAAGUACAGGUACUACUGGAGGAUCGAACCAGGGGUCAAGUUCUUUUGCGAUCUGACGGAUGACGAUCCUUUCCGGUACAUGGAGCAGAACAACAAGAAGUAUGGGUUCGUGCUGGCGAUGCACGACAUCCCGGGGACGGUCAGGACGCUGUGGAUCUGGGUCAGGCAGUGGUACGAGCAGAACCAGGAGCUUCUUGCGCCCAACAACAUGUUUGGCUUCGUCACCGAAAACAACGGGCGCGGAUACAACAAGUGCCACUUUUGGUCCAACUUUGAAAUCGCGGAUAUGGACUUCUACCGCUCCCCGGCGUACCUCUCUUUCUUUGACCACCUCGACAAGAUGGGCGGCUUCUUCUACGAGCGAUGGGGAGAUGCGCCUGUUCACUCGAUCGCCGCCUCGCUCCUGCUCGACAAGAACGAAGUGCAUUACUUCGACAACAUCGGAUAUCUCCAUCCGCCGGUCAUGCAUUGUCCCAAGACGCCCGCCGCCAACGCCGUCUCGCCACAUACGGGCAGGUCGAGAUGCUACUGCGCACACGAGUCGUCUUUCGCCUUCGACGACAACCGUCAGUCGUGUCUGUACAACUACCUCGAGGUCAAGGGCAGAAACUCGAGCGAUGCAAGAAAGGCCUUCAUGAAGUUGGACAUCUGA